AUCAAGACAUCAUGAAUUCCGUCACUCGGUCCUCCGGCAGGGGCCGUGUUCGCUUUGCCAAGUCAAACUUAGAUGAGUAUCAACCACCGACGUUCGAAGCGUUUGACACCACGCUUGUGACACCAAGAGCACCCACAGCAAAUGCUCUCUCAGUAUUGGAUAUUGAUAUGCGUGUAGUAGAGAACAAGAGAGCUCACAACACCAGCAGUUACAAGAACAACAACCUCAUUGUGCGCAGGCAUCAAGAAUUCAUCAUCACCAUCAGGUUUAGCCAACCCUUCAAUAUCCAGUGGGACAAUGUGCUGCUGGAGUUCCUGAUUGGCAGUACACCUGAUGUAAGCAGGGGCACCUACAUCAUUUUGUCCAUCGGUAGAGAGAAAUCUGACGGGCCCUGGAGUAGUCGUGUGUUGGACAUACAAGGGAAUUACGUGACCGUUGGCGUAACACCAGACGCCAGCUGCAUCGUUGGCCGGUUCCAAACCUUUGUUGUAGUUGUGAGUGAUUUGGGAAAACAGCGCACUGUGAGGAACACUGACACCGAUGUCUAUGUGCUGUUCAAUCCUUGGGACCCCGCGGAUCAGGUGUACAUUCCCAGAGAGAGCGACAGACAGGAGUACGUGAUGAAUGAUGUGGGGAUCAUCUUCAACGGAGAAUUCAACAACAUUAACUCCCGUUCAUGGAACUACGGACAGUUUGAACAGGGGGUUCUGGAUGCCUGUCUUUUGGUUCUGGAUGUUGGAAAAGUACCACUAACAUACCGUGGAAAUGCCACUCAAAUAGUUCGGCGAGGAUCAGCUCUGAUGAACUCCCAGGACGAUGAUGGUGUCCUGGUUGGCAACUGGAGUGAGGAUUACUCCAUCGGCACAGCACCCACUGCCUGGACUGGAAGUACUGAAAUCCUGCUCAAAUAUGCUAGAGGAGGUGGUGUUCCUGUGUGCUUCGCUCAGUGUUGGGUGUUUGCCGGCGUGCUGAACACUUUUAUGCGCUGUCUCGGGAUCCCUACACGGGUCAUAACCAAUUACUGCUCUGCUCACGACAACACGGGCAACCUGAAGACAGACAUUGUGCUGGACGAAGACGGGAGAGUGGACCGAAGCCGAACAAAAGAUUCAGUCUGGAACUACCACUGCUGGAAUGAGGUGUACAUGAAGAGGCCUGAUCUUCCAGACAGAUUCUCUGGCUGGCAGGUGAUCGACUGCACCCCUCAGGAGACCAGUGAUGGCCUUUAUCGGUGUGGCCCGACGUCUGUCAAUGCCGUCAAAGAGGGAGAGCUCAGCUAUCCGUUUGAUGCAAGGUUUGUCUUUGCAGAGCUGAACAGUGAUGUGAUUUACCGUAAAUCUGAUAAGUAUGGAAAUACAAAUGUCCUCCACGUGGACACCGCGUACGUGGGAAAGCUCCUUGUGACUAAAAGGGUGAACGCUAACUCCUAUGAGGAUGUCACUUCUAACUAUAAAUAUCCAGAAGGAAGUGAGAGGGAUAAGCAGACCAUGAACAAUGCAGAGAAUCGUGGCAUUCCUACCAGGGAUUACUUGCCACGCACUGAAGCAGGAGUGACCAUCGAUCUCAAGGCCGAAACCAUCAAAAUUGGCGAUAACUUCAUGCUGACGAUGAACGUUAACAACCAGACCAGCCAGACCUGCACCAUCAAUGCCACCAUCUCUGGCAGUGUGGCGUUUUACACGGGCAUCACCAGCGCAAACUUUAUGCUGGAAAACAAAGUUGCAACUGUGAAUCCCCAGAACACCUCAAAAGUGCUGAUCAAUGUUCAAGCUGUGAACUACAUGCCCUACCUGGUGGAACAGGCCAACUUGCUCUUUGUAGUGCAAGGGCGCAUUGAGGAAACCGGACAGACCCUUUCGGCAAUGAGAGUUAUCACUCUCCGUCCUCCUGAACUCACAAUCAAGGUGAAUGGAAUACCUCGAGUUGGCAAGGAUCUGAUGGUCAUCGUGUCAUUCCGAAAUCCCUACACCUUCAUCCUGAAAAACGUUCAGCUCCGCCUUGAUGCACUUGGCCUGAUACCGACCAAAAUUAAAACAUACGAUCAGAUUCAACCUGGCGGCUCAGUGCAGUACACUGAAACGAUCACCCCUCAGUCUCCUGGGAGGAAGGUGCUGAUUGGCUUGCUGGACUGCGCUGCACUGAGACAGGUCAUCAAUCAGCUGGAAAUCAUCGUGCAAUAACGGACUGCUGAUUGCCACGGGGGAACAAGAGAGAGAGAAAAGAUAGAGGAGAAAGAGAGAAAGGAAGGAAGGAUUGGAAAGGGUUCCCAGUACCACUUUGGUGUGUUGCUUUGCUUUCUUCACUAAUAUGAUCAAAACACAAACUAAUGUUCUUUACAAAUCAAUCAUAACUAUGACUGCCAAGACUGGAUUGUUAACAAUAGGGAGAUUUUUAAUGGGUACUGUUCACCGUCAUGUGGUAAACUUAAUGAUAUUGAGGAAUUAAAGCAUUUUAUGCCAAAUCUCAGGAGCCAAAUACCGACAAUCAAUCGUGUGUACGCGCAAAUCUGAGAGUGUGAGAAAUUGAGCGCUCGCUGUGAAAUCUAAUAAAGGAAAGAAAAUGUAAAAGAUUCUCUGAAAUUGUUAAAUAUGACUAGUUUUGGUUGUGUAAUUCAAUUAACAAACUGUAUUGAUAACAAUAUACUUAUGAUUUCAUCUGCCAUGGACUAUGUUUUACUCUUAUAAACUAACAAUAAACCUUAAGCAUGAAA